UUUGCAGUGCAGCUCUUGCUGAAGUCAUUCUCCGUCUCGUACACGGCAGCAACCAAGGACAGAGGAGCAUCAGCAGGAAGAGAGUAAGGUGCAUCCUCUCCUCUCCGCUCCUCUCCUCGCCAUUGCGCUCAUUGUGUCGGUGCUGAAUCAAUGUCAGUGCGAACGCUUCUGUAACAGGAGGCUGCUGGAAGCGGAGGGACAAACACACGGACAAACCUAUGCGUGGAUUUCGGCUCUUUUUCCCUUCGCCAAUGCAAAAGGAAAUAUGCAGCGAAGCUUCACCUUGCUCUACACCAGUUUACUGGGGAUAUGCUUGGGUUCGGGUUCAAGUUUCCCAAGUAACAUCAACAUAGGAGGAUUGUUCCCCAACGUCUCGCACGAAUAUGAAGUGUUUCGGUUCGCCCUUUCUCACCACCAGGACAUCCCCAAACUGGUGCCGCAGGUGGACAUGGUCAUAAUGGGAAAUAGCUUCUCCAUGACAUAUGCCUUUUGCUCCCAGUUCUCCAAAGGCGUGUAUGCCAUCAUUGGCCUCUACGACAGGAAGACUGUCAACAUGCUUAUGUCGUUCUGUGGAGCGCUUCACGUCUGCUUCGUCACGCCAUCCUUCCCCAUCGAGACCGCUAACCAGUUUGUCAUCCAGCUGAGGCCUGAACUCCAGGACGCUCUGGUGGGAGUCAUCGAGCACUAUGGAUGGACCAAGUUCGUCUACAUGUAUAGCUCUGACUCAGGGCUUUCAGUGCUUCAGAAGGUUCUGGACACGGCGGCAGAGAAGAACUGGCUGGUGACCUCAGUCAAUGUGGAGAGCAUGACGGGGGCCUCGUUCUUAAAAGUGUUCCAGGAUUUGGACAAGCGGAAGGAAGGACAGAUUAUCAUUGAUUGUGAGACUGAGAGACUCACUGGCAUUCUGAAAGAGAUUGUAGAACAAGGAAAGAAUGCAAAGAGCUACCACUACAUCCUCGCCAACCUGGGUUUCCUAGACAUCGACCUGACAGACCUAAGGAAAGGUGGUGCCAACAUCACUGGCUUUCAGCUCGUUAACAACUCCGAGCCGAGUGUGAGCCGUAUCGUCCAGCAGUGGAUGGAGUUUGACAACAAAGACUCCAAAAUGCCCAAAACUGGACUCAAAUACAUGGGUGCACUAACAUAUGAUGGGGUGAAAGUCAUGUCCACAGCCUUCCAGAAUCUGAGGAAACAGAGGAUAGACAUCUCUCGCCGCGGCAACGCUGGAGAGUGUCUCGCCAACCCACCAGCCCCUUGGGGACAGGGCAUAGACAUCCAGAGAGCCUUACAGCAGGUUCGCAUUGACGGAUUGACUGGUCACAUCCAGUUUAAUGAGAAGGGUCGCAGGACCAACUAUACUGUUAGUGUUAUGGAACUGGCCCCAUCUGGACCCAAGAAGGUUGGCUACUGGAAUGAAGAUGAGAAGUAUGUGACCACAGCCAGCCUCAUGAGGGCCAGCAAUGACACAUAUGGACUUUUGAACAGGACAUAUAUAGUCACCACUAUUUUGGAGUCUCCCUAUGUGAUGCUGAAGAAGAACCAUGAGCAGCUUGUAGGGAAUGAUAAGUAUGAAGGUUACAUUGUAGAGCUGGCUGCAGAGAUAGCCAAGCACGUGGGUUACCAGUACAAGCUGAAGGUUGUUUCCGAUGGCAAGUACGGAGCCAGAGAUCCUGAAACCAAGAUGUGGAAUGGCAUGGUUGGAGAACUGGUCUAUGGGAAAGCAGAUCUGGCAGUCGCUCCGCUUACCAUCACCCUUGUCCGUGAAGAGGUGAUAGACUUCUCCAAGCCCUUCAUGUCUCUGGGCAUUUCAAUCAUGAUUAAGAAGCCCACCAAGUCCAAGCCUGGUGUUUUUUCCUUCCUGGACCCACUGGCUUACGAGAUCUGGAUGUGCAUCGUGUUCGCCUACAUUGGCGUCAGUGUCGUCCUCUUCCUCGUCAGUCGAUUCAGCCCUUACGAGUGGCACGCUGAAGACUACGAGGAGGGAGCCGAGCCUCAGACUCCCACACAAGCGGCGGCCUCCAACGGGGUGCAGCCGAGCCAGACUCCAACGCAACAGAACGCCAACCUGCAGAGUCCAGAACAGACCAACGAGUUUGGCAUCUUCAAUUCACUUUGGUUUUCACUCGGCGCCUUCAUGCAGCAGGGUUGUGAUAUCUCACCACGGUCUCUGUCCGGUCGCAUUGUUGGUGGUGUCUGGUGGUUCUUCACCCUGAUCAUUAUCUCCUCUUAUACUGCCAACCUGGCUGCCUUCUUAACAGUAGAGAGGAUGGUGUCUCCUAUAGAGAGUGCCGAGGACCUGGCGAAGCAGACAGAGAUCGCCUAUGGAACGCUAGAUGCCGGCUCCACAAAAGAGUUCUUCAGGAGGUCAAAGAUUGCCGUGUUUGAGAAGAUGUGGUCCUACAUGAAGGCAGCCGACCCAUCCGUGUUUGUCAAGACAACUGAUGAGGGAGUGAUGAGGGUCAGGAAAUCCAAAGGCAAGUACGCCUACUUGCUGGAGUCCACGAUGAACGAGUACAUAGAGCAGAGGAAGCCAUGUGACACGAUGAAGGUGGGGGGAAAUCUGGACUCAAAAGGUUAUGGAAUUGCCACACCCAAGGGCUCCCCUCUAAGAAUCCCAGUAAACCUAGCGGUGUUGAAACUCAAUGAGCAAGCCAUCUUAGACAAACUGAAAAACAAAUGGUGGUACGAUAAAGGCGAGUGUGGCAGCAACGACGCCGCAAGAAAGGACAAGACAAGUGCUCUGAGCCUCAGCAAUGUGGCGGGAGUCUUCUACAUCCUGAUUGGAGGCCUGGGCCUAGCCAUGUUGGUGGCACUGGUGGAGUUCUGCUACAAGUCCCGGACCGAGUCGCGCCGAAUGAAGCAGUCCAUCAAUGACGCCAUGCGCUGCUCCACCUUGACCAGGAUGAGUGGUAAUGGAAGCGGAGGAGAGAACGGACGAAUCCUCACCCACGACUUCCCCAAGACCGUUCAGACGCUGCCCUGUAUGAGCCACACCGCCAGCAUGGGACUGGGUGCCUCCGGCAUGUGAUCACCAUCUCGUCCUGCUGGGAUCGACAGUCUGUCAGGGUGGGGCAGAAUGAGAACAUAAGACUCUGUUGACCUAAAAAUCAUGGCCGUCUGGUUUAAACCAUUCUACUCUCCUGGCUGUCAAUGUGCUUGACUACAAAAAACAACAAAACAACAACAAAAAAGACUUGAACUUACUGCCAAAAUGCACUCUCUAAACCACUCCCAAAUAAACUAUGAACAGAAACUGAGAACAGAAUUUUUUUUAAAUAAAUGGUUGUUUUGAAAAAAAGAUACAGAAAAAAGAAGGGAAAUGUGCUGCAAUAAAACAAGCCGUCAACUGGGUGUGAUUUUGACAUUUUCUACAGUGUUCAUCUGUGUGGAAAAAAAAUAACUUAUUCUUCAGUGUGAAGACUGCGCUGUGGCAUUAUGUUGGAGCUGUUGACCUUCGUCUGCGUGUGCAAUACUCUCACUUCCACUGCUGACUUCUGUAAUACCUAGAUGCUUUCCGACCGGCCGGCAGGACAUGCCUUUUCACGGAUCUGACACAGAAGGAUGAACAGUUCUGACUGCUUUGAUACUGUUUUGGUAACAUUUACCCUUCCUGUUCACUCACUUUUUCAUAAACACUCCAUUUUUGAAGAACAGAUUGCUUUGUUUAGCAGUUUUUAUGAUAAAGUAUAUGGUUUACACUCUUGUAAUAAUGUAGAGCCUUGUUGAAAAAGGUCUUAGUUUAGGUCUAAUGAAGGUUACUGUUGAGGGACUCACCAGUUGACCCGGCUUCAAUGAACAUGCAUUGCUGCUACACCUCAUUUUACACUUCAUGCCUUGUCCUGGUGCCAUAUGACCAUUCCCCACAAAGGCACACAGAUAAACUCUCCACUUGCUGCUUCCAGGUCAUUGCUUGGGCAGUUAGUGGUCAAAAUCAGAAAUGUCCAUCUUAAACUGAAAAUUAGUUUUUGGCUUUGUAUAGCACAGGCGGACCUUACACUGUAUUCUACUGUGGUGAAAUUCAUAGUAUAUCUUACAUAAAACUGACAUAGAGACCAUCUUCCUCAUGUUAAUGUGGUUGCAUUGUUCAACAACUCCUUUGAUGUUUUUCCAGCUGUAUGCAGUUUUAAUUAAAUUGGCAGCAUGCACAGUUUAUUGAAACUGACAUCUCCCCUGCAGAUUGCGCAUGGCCUGUAAAAGGAAGGUUGACCUCAUCUAUCUCAUUGUUGCUAGCUCAUGGUGGAAAGAGGCGGGACUGACACAGUUGGAAUGACUUACAGACUGUUUGACUGUGUUUAUUCGGGGCGGUAAAGCCUUUGGGGAUCACUGUUUUUUGUGGAGAAAUGACACAUGUAUCCAAGAUCGAGGACGGCAGUGGUAACAAAGGCGUCCUGGGCUAGGCAUGAUGGCAUUGCUUUGACUCUUCGUAAGAUAGUUUUGCAUUUGUUGAUUUAUUUUAUACAAGCAAUGUCAAAUGAUCAAAACAUAUAACUAAACGAAAAGGUGUCCCAUUCUAUUCUCAGCUGUACAGACCAUUUUGUGUUUGUAUAUUCCCAACCAUACUCGCAUGUUUUCCCUCUGGGUUCUACUGAUUUUUCCCACAGUCCAAAAUCAGGCUGAGUAGAUUAAUUGAUGGUCAAGAAUUUGACUUAGGAGCAGGUGUAUGCCUGGUAGUCUGCCUUGCUAGUCUCUGUCGGGUUUAUGAUGGACAGGUGUUGUGUCCACAGGGUGUUUCCUACCUUUAGCAUUUUUUAAAACUGGAAUAGGCUCCUCCCUUCCACCCUUUAAACCUAUAAUGUAAUCAAAAACUAUAGUUUAAAAAUUCAGUUCAGUUGUUUUAUUACCACAUGUUUACACACAGAAUGAUAUAUUUCAAGUGUUGUUAAUUGUUAUUAAUAUGGUUUACAACUUCUGCAAACCCAAUUCAAUUCAAUAUUCAGCCCUCAGAAAAUCUGAAAAUGACAAUAUUAAAUCAAAAAGGGCCUUCAGACAUACUGAAAAGUGUGACCAUGUACUGCGUAGUGUUUGUAAUUUGGUGGAACAUAAAAUUCAACUUAAAAGAGGAUUCUGGACAAUUUAGAUAGUCCAGAAGUUUUUUCCCCUAAACAAGAUGAGACACUGACAUCUCUGGUUCAGGUGUGACCUGUAUGUGCUGGCUUCUGAAGCACUGACUCCUUUUUGAAGUCCAAGCCUAGUGAAUCUCUGGGCUUUGCUUCAUAAUCCUCUCAAUCUCUUUAUCUUUUUUGCUUGUGGCCAUUUUUACAUACUUUUUCCUUCCAACCGACUUUCCUUGGACACAGCAUUCUUAGUUCAGCCAGCUUCUUUAUCAAUUACCUUUUAUGGCUUACCAUACUUGUGGAGGGUGUCAGUGGCUGCAGCCUUGAAAGCUGUCUAGUCAAAGGUUUCCCCAUGAUUUUCUAUGGCAUAACCUGGAAUUUCUGUAUUAGAAGUCAUUUUGUAGGAUUUUAAUAAUGUUAUUUUCUGAGAAAGUUAACUUUGGUUUCUGGGUUUUGCAUUCAAUGCUUAAGAUAUAUCUGUGUCUGUGUGCAAUGAAUCUAUAUAAAACGAGUUAAUUUUUUUAUUUAUUUAUUAAAUUACUGAAAUAAAUCAGCUUUUCAAUAAUACUCUCAUUUACUGAGAAGGCACACUGAUCACGCAAGAAAAGUCUGAUAAUAGUGAGCAUUGUGUUUUGCUAACUGUACAUGAAUGAUCAGAUCAUUUUUGGCAUCUGCAAUUUUUCUAUUAUUGGCAGCGGGCAGAACAAAAGGUGUGAUCACAGCUUUUCUUGGGGCAAGAAUUCAUCUGAAAUGUGCUGACAGUUGUUGAGUUAUUUCACUUAGAUCACUGUCAGUCAAAUUUUAAUAACACUGAUACAGUCCUAAUAAAGAUGUCUUCAAAUAUAAAAGACCCUUUUUUUUGCAUUUAAUCUUUAUAAUAUUUGUAGGUAACAUGCAAAGUUGCGAUGGAUUUCCCCAUCCUCAUGCUGCCAUGGCACAAGUGAAAGCUUACACAGCAUCCUAAAACUGGCUUAGGAGCAAGGUUAAUAUUACAAUGAUGCCUCAAACAUGGCAUCCAAUGUAUAUCUCUGUAUGUAACCUCAUGGGGUGUUUAUGCCUCAUUAGAUGUAUCUUCUCUUCACAAAUGGUAAUUGGCUUGAAAAGCCAAGCUCCAUUCACGUAAUACUAGUAAUAUUUUUACAUCCAGAUGAACCAAAUAAAGUGACUACACAAACUUGUUUUUAUUUUAAAAUGAAAGGCAGCCAUUUCUACUGCAGCUACCAUAACAUAAUUAUAAUUACAGUCCUGCUACUAGCGCAACAAGCUAAUGUUAGCCUGCAGCUAACUGUUAAACAGGGAUGUUGCUCGCAUCUUGAAAAUAUAGAUAAUGACCUCCUUAUCCUUUAAAAGGUUGGAGUACCAAUAACCUUUUCUUCAGAAAGCAUCCUAGACAAAAGCUUAGGGAAUAAUGUAUGAUUUUUAUUUUAUUUUGUUUUUACCUAGAUACAUAUAUUUUUUAGCCUACAUAAGCGUAGCACUGUAACGUUGUGGUUAGGUAAUAAAAACAAUAUGAGGAAAUUCUUAAAAUGAAGCAAAUAGGGGGAAAGUGGAUUUAUUAAAUUAAAGUAAUUCAGAGUAACAAAUAUCCUGCAUUGCAUCAUCAUUACUCUGUAUUUAUAUCUAUGAGUUUAAAUGUGAGAAGUGAGUGUGAUUUUUAUUCCUUUAUGGUGACUGAAAUAGGAGUUUUUUCUGCUGCUGGAGACCCCAAGUGAGCCUUAGUUUAAGAAUCGCACAUUCGAAUUGACCUCACAUUUAUAGGGCCAGGCGGCUAUGGGAAGGCAGGACUCCUUGUGUGUGUGUGUGUGUCUGUGUGUCUGUGUGUGAGUGAGUCAGUGUGUUUUAUUUUCAGUUUCUCCUUGAAAGAAAAUAACAUGGUAUCAAAAUCUAAUGUAUGACUUCUUGGCUAGCUAACGGGACAGUCAGAGUUUACCCAAAUCAUACAUUUCUCCUGGUGUUCUGCCUAUAAAAGGAUUUUUCUUUUUACUAGUAAAAAAAUUUAGUUCUCUUUGAAGUCAUACAUCAGUGCCAAAAUUAGUUUACAGCAGUGCAAGUCCCUUUUUCUUUCCUCUUUUUUUCAUUUUUAAGUUGUUAAUAGUACACAGCACAGCUCUCUUCAGCAGAGGCUUUAUCUGGGACAAUAUGUUUUAUUAACCAUACAAAAUAUUUCUAAAAAAGAAGAAAAAAAUUUAAACAAAUUAUUAAAAACAGACUCUGUGUUUUUACUGUAAGGGGGAGUUGGGAUAGUAGCCAAGUGGCACUUUGAAGAGAAUUAAAAAAAAUUACACACACACUGCUGUUGAAUAAUCUGUAGAUGCUAAUGAUGUUUAAAGCCAGUUUUCUGGUUAAUUAUGUUUUAGUUUGUUACUGUUCAAAAAAGCACUUCCUGAUGGUAUUUUUAAGUGCUUUAAAUGUAACAAAGUGAACAUUUAUUUUCUUGUGUGUGGUUAUUGUUUUUUGUUUUCAAUUUUCACAGUAUUUUACAACUGGAAUCUACAGUUUGUUCAUCAGACAUUAAAUUAUUUUAGUUUUUUUUUUACUUUGAAAAGUUGUCACUGAGGUUAUUUAAAACAGUGGUGAAUAACUUGGUAAAUAGUUUAAAAUAUAUGUAUAAGAGAAUAGAGCUGUCACAGGUCAGAUUUUUGAAAAAUAAACUUUUUUUCUAACCAAAGUGUCCUGGAACAAAGUCAUCAUGCUUUUGUAACUGAAUAAAGGAAUAAACUAUG